GCAAGAUGGCGGCGCUGGCAGCGGUCGGGUGGCUGAAGCGGCUGUGCAGCGUCGUGCUCUUCCUCUCGCAGCUCUACGUGCUCUCCGGCCGGGGAUCGUUGAGCUUAGAGCACUCUGAUCCCCAAGCUCAGCUGUCAGAGGUCGGAUUAAUACCCAGAAGCACUCACGUUCCUCCUUCAAAUAUACCAGAGGCCACAGGGACCCCGCCUUACGUGAUCCUGUGCCCUAGUAAUGGGCCAUGCAGCCGCUUGCCUCCAGCAUGCAUGAGCUGUAAAACCAACAACAGCUGCAUCUAUGGAAAACCAGCCAUUUUUGAAUGUCAAGCCAAACCUCAAGUUCACUGUAUUGGUCCGGAAACCUUCGCGAUAAACAUGACGUGUCAGUUCUGUUGGCAGCUUCCUCCAUCGGAUUAUACCUGCUCUAAUCCUACAAACUGUAAGACUGUCUCCUGUCCACGGGAACGGUACCGGGCCAAUUGUACAGUGCGAGAUCAUAUUCACUGCCUAGGUAAUCGGACCUUUCCCAAGAUGCUUUACUGCAACUGGACUGGAGGUUAUAAAUGGUCAACUGCUUUGGCCCUAAGCAUCACCCUGGGCGGUUUUGGAGCCGAUCGUUUCUAUUUGGGCCAGUGGCGGGAGGGCCUGGGCAAACUCUUCAGCUUUGGCGGCUUGGGGAUUUGGACCCUGAUAGACGUGUUGCUCAUCGGAGUCGGUUACGUGGGCCCUGCCGACGGCUCACUCUACAUCUGACCGUCACCGUAGCAGGCCUCAGACGUGGAUCAGCCCUGGGAAGUAUGCAAAUCGGACCUCAAAAUGUAGACUUAGGAGCACUUGUUCCUUCAAGCUCGUAUAUUUAAUGUACAGUAUCUGUACUUAGCACGCCUUUAACUUAAGGUAAAAUAAAUGGAUGGAUCCUUGAACUGUGCUUUCCUAGAGUUUGUUUCCGCUGACUUUUCAAAUGCACUUUAUUUUUUUCUAUGAAAAAUGUUUUAAGUUGCAUGAUUGAAGCUGUUUCUUGAACAGAUAUGGACUAAUUAACGCAAGUGGAUGCCUCAAGCAAAUUUAUUAACCACAUGUUUAAAAAAUCCUCUUUUUUGUUAUUCGAAGAGACCAAGUACCAUGCAGCUGUUUCAGUAGGGUUCCUAAACAUGUAAGCUAUGUCUUGCCUUUUAAUUGUUAAUUGUUCUGUCACAUGAUUGCAGAAAAGGGUGCAAAAACUCAGUGAGUUGAAAAGCAUUGCAGAGCUGCUGGAAAUACUAAUAACUGGGUUUGAAUGGAUAGAAAUGCAGCCUUGAGCCUCCAGUUGAAAUGUUGCAAGUGCCGUUUUAAAACGAAGGUAUCUGAUUAAAUUCUCUGUUUUAUGAGUGACGUCGGUUUAGAGGACAGAGCCUGUGCAAAUAAAGCCAAGCGACGGUGCAGAAUAUUUUACUUAGUUUGUGUCUCCAUAGUUAAAGCCGGCAACCUUACACACUUUCCCGCCAGUCUUGAGCCGGGAAGCAUGUAAUCAGCCAUAAAACACACAGAGCGAUGAGCUUCACGCUGGAGAAAAGUCCGGAUAUUUUCUUUCUUCCUUUGCGUAGCCUGUGUGUCAAAAAUUGCAUACGUUGUCAUGGGGUAAACUGCAAAAUGCCACCUUUCUAUAUGUUUCCUGAGCAAAUGAACUAGGUGCACGAUUUUCAUAUGCAACAGGCAAACACAAGUUCCUGCAGCAGGAAUUGGAGGGGAGUGAUGAAGGGCAGCUGAGUGCCUCCCCCAUUUUAUUCUCUCAGUAAUAACAAUACAUUUAUUUGUAGCCUGCCUUUCUCAUGAGAUCCAAGGCAGAUUACACAGUGCAAGUAUCAACUGCUAGGAGAUGCACUGAACAAAGUACAAUAACGAACAAACAUUUAAGCUUUGAAACCACGACUGGCCCAAAGUCACCAAGUGAUCUUCAUGGUCAAGGAAGGAUUUGAACUGGAUCUUUCUGUCCAGUAGUAUUCCGCUGUUGCAUAUCCGUCAUUGUCAGAAGCUAGGCUUAGCUGCUUUGCAGCAAACAAUAAGAUCAAGAAUGUGUCCUGUCUUUUUCACAAGAGGGCAUUUCUUUAAUAGGAAUCUGUCACUUGAAAUAAAACAAUUGUUGCUAAGAAUAAUAGUAAGAGGUUUUUGAAAGGUUUGUUACUCAGUUACCUGCUGCAUUUAAUCAACCGUGUUCGGGAGUUCCAUAAUUAAAAAAAAAAUCUUAGUAUCACUUAUGAAAGAGCCCAGUGAGAUUUUGCACUAAACAGAUAACUGCACUCUUUUGCAUAGCUCCAACAGUGUGUCAGACACAGUGAAAGCUUGCUUGCAGAUUUUGCAACAGGAAAAAAUACUUGAUAGAAAUACAUUUUUUCCAGGUUCCAGAUGCUUAAUAUCACCGAGUAUGUUUUGCUUCCAGUUUCCAUUCUGUAUCUCCUAUAUCUUUCAUUUGUCUGUGUUCUGAGAGUUUCAUGUACAUAGCAAGGUGGAUGUAUGUUGUAUAGCAAGAUGUUUUCAGUUUUAUGGACAAAACAUUUGACUGUAUUUUGUGACGGCAGGAUAAACAUCAAAGUUGAAUCUUUUUCCUGAGUUAAAUAUGAGAUGGACUCUUAAUAAACUGUAUUUUGUUUUA